AUGUACCUUGCGGGGCGCCCCUCGUUUUAUGCUUCGGCUUUGAUUGGAACAAAUGCGGUCGCAGGGUGGGAAUUGUACCUCCAGUACCGCCAGUGGAGAUCAUUUUUCCGCGAGGAACUUCCGGAGUCGCAUGCGGGCAUUGUGGAGGACGAGGAAUUUCAAAAAAGUCAGGCGUACGGUAGAGAUAAAGGGGCGUUCGCCAUUUGCUGCGAUGUCCGGGAUCUCAUUCUGGGUAAUGUGGCGAUUCUGAUAAGACUCUCCGCCAGGACGUUCGAUUGGGUGGCAAAAUUGCUUCCUGUGGCGGCAGGCUCAUUCACACACUGCUUCGCCCUGACGGCGGCCACGGAUGUCGCGUCAACCCUGAUGUCGCUUCCCUUUGAUUACUACAAGACGUUUGUUAUUGAAGAAAAACACGGAUUCAAUAAGACGUCCCGAAAGGAGUUUUUCAAAGAUGCGGCAAAAGGAUUGUGUCUUCGCGUAUUUCUCUUACAUCCCCUCACCACGGGGUUGAUUCUUCAGGUCGUUUGGAGAUUUGGGGACCGGUUUCCUCUCUAUUUAUUUCUCGGGGCCACAGGUCUGGCGAUGGCCUUCACGUUUCUCUAUCCGACUCUUAUCCAGCCCCUCUUUAACACGUAUACGCCCAUAUCCGAAGACUCGGCAUUGUACAAGAAGAUUUCCAUUCUUGCCAAGUCGCACCAAUUUCCACUGGAGAAGCUAUAUCAGGUCGAUGGUUCACGUCGUUCCAGUCAUAGUAAUGCCUACGUGUAUGGAUUUUGGAAAAGCAAACGGAUUGUCCUGUACGACACCCUCAUUGAACAGAUGGAAGGGGAUGACGACCUCAUCUUAUCCCUUCUGUGCCAUGAAUUGGGGCAUUGGAAGCAUUCACACACCAUCAUCCUUCUCGGCAUUGGUAUUGCCCAGCUAUUUUGCAUUUCAUUUGGAGCAAAGGCGGUUAUAUUUAACCCCGAGAUUUAUGAGGAAUUUGGUUUCCGUCAAAUGAAUCCAUUUGUUGGAUUCACGCUGUUCCUCUCCGUCGUCGCGGAGCCGCUGCUCACACUUUUCGGUUAUGCUUUCUCGCUCCUGUCGCGCCAACUCGAGUUCCAGGCGGAUAAAUUCGCGGUUGAAUCAGGCUACGGCAUGUCACUGAGAAAGGGCCUCCUCAUCAUGCAAAAAACAAACAAGUCCGAGGUGUCCCCGGACAAUUUAUACGCCGCGAUGAAAUACACGCACCCGCCAAUUGCCGAACGCAUCGCCGCCAUCGAUGCCGAGAUAAAAAAGAGCGCGUGA